AUGCGUGAUGAUUUGAAGAGUAUUAGACAUAUGAAGAUUCAAGAAAAUGGGAAGAAGACGGACUCCUCAGUGGUUGUGUGUGAUGAAGAUGUGGUUUUAUUGAUGCAGAAUACAAGUACUGAUGCGAGUAACACUUGGGUGUUAGAUUCUGCAGCCUCUAUACACGUUUGCAACAACAAAAAUUAUUUUAACACAUUGAAGACAGAUGAAGAAUUUGAUGAUGUGGUUAUUGGAAACAACGAGAAGAUGAAGGUUGAAGGUGUUGGAAGUGUUCGCCUCAAGCUUCACACUGGGAAGGUCGGAAUUCUUCAUCAUAUGAGAUAUGUGCCGACAUGUGGUGCUAAUUUAAUUUCGCUAGGUGAGAUGGCAUCACGUGGGUACAAGUAUGUGGGUGAAGGAGAGUGGUGCAAUGUGUAUAGAGAUGUUUGA